AUGUCGAUCACUGGGGACAGCGCGAACUUCCUCCCCCCUUCUCGUAAGCUGCUUCAGCUCGCAGCGACGAGACGAGCGGGAAGGCCAAUUCAUGCGACGGAUCUGAGAACCACCAAGUUUUACAAGACCAAACUUUGUCCCUUCAUGCAGAACAAGCGGGGCGGUGGCCGGUGUUCCGAGGGUCUCGACUGUGGCUACGCUCACGCGUUGGAAGAACUCCGCAUGGCACCGAACCUUCAACGGACAAAGUGGUGCGCAAAAGUUGUAAACGGGCAAGUGUGCACUGAUCCUAAAUGUGGAUACGCCCACUGCGCCGCCGAGCUCCAAUCGUCGACAGACAAGCAGACCCUAAAAACAUCUCUGUGCGUAUUUUGGAGCCGAAAUCCAAAAUUAUGUCUCAAUGGGAGCAAGUGCAGGUUUGCUCACGGUGAAGCUGACCUUCGCAAAAGACCAGACCUCUCUCCCCGGAAAGCGUCUCCCCUGAUUCAUUCCUCUCCGCAUCAUCUACGAAGUUGGGGUGCGGACUCGAGUGGGCGCUCGAUGGUGCCCCUCCCACGGGUUUUGAAGCGGCAUUCGCCUGCGCGACGAAACCCAGCACCAUGCCGCGCCGUGCCAGGGGCGGAGCAUGGGUUGCACGCAGAGCUAAAGAGCUCCAGACCAACACUGGUAGACAGAAGCUCGUCUGAUGAGUGGCAACACGGUACUCCACAAGAGUGCUUCCGCGCAAAAGAGACAUGGCAGCCACCGGCGUUGUGCAAACGGUCAAGCACUGCCAGUGAGGCGUCUUGGUCGGGAGGAUGUGAACACCACGAAGAGGCGGACACCUCCGAGCCCAGGAUAUCCUCACGGAGACUAGCAACCGUGUCGCCGAAGACAGGGAAAGAGCUCUCGAGUAACAGAGAGCAGAACAGUAGAUCGAGGGAGCUGGAGAAUACAACAACAGACGUGGCUGAAGCAACGAGUGGCACAUCUUGUGGCACGUCGACAUGGGGUGCUUCUGGGGAGGAACUGGGUCUGCCAGCCUUUCCUUUGCUGCCUUCGGGGGGUAUUGAUGGGAAUGAUCGAACAGCUCGCAUAGCCGCGUGCGACACUUUGCGGGUUACUGCUCCCCACGAUAGCUGCGACGAAUCACGGGAGACCAUUCCACCUUCGGCGAUUUCGUCCACGACUCUGGUGCAAGACCCGACUCGCAUCACCAAUCCAGGCAAUACGGCGAAGCCGGAAGGCGGAGACUGUGCGAUUCCAUUAGAAGCUCUUGCAGGCCUGUCUAGCCGAGACGAAAAGAUGCCAGUCUCGGCAGGACUAGCAGAAAGCACCACCAAACCGACAGGGGCUCUGGGCGGUGGAGGCAACCUCGAAGUGACACAUGAAAACCCAGCCGCCACGACUUCAGAGGCAGGCAUUCGUCAAGAAAGAAACUCCGAACGCCAGAUAGCAUUAUACGAUGCCGAUAAGUCAAUAGAUGCGUCAAAAGCCCACGAUGCUCCGGGAGCAUAUGAGGCUGUCUCCUCGACGGAAGAUGGCCGCCGUCGAACGGCGCGACAGCAUGCAUCAAGCCUCAAUGCGCGCGCGCCGCCGUUCAUUCCCAGCUCUGCUGCUCAUCACGCCAGUUGGAACACACUCAGGCUAGAAGCUAUGACGACGGACGUCUCCGAACCUUCUAGCAUGAACUAUUCGGCGCGGUUCCGGCAAGGUCCCGUGGGUUGUGAUGGCGAGAAGCAUCCCCAACGAGCAACUGGUCGUGGACCGAGAGCAAGAAACCAGAACGGUCCCCCCUGCCGCGGGGAUGUCUGCAUCAGAGAAAAAGACAAUCCCCCUAAUACGCAGUGGCGCUGGUCGCGAAGUGACGGUGCUCACCGCGAUCUGUUGUUGGAUUCCGUUGAUUCAGAGCGGAGGGAAAAUGUCGACGCCACCUCUCUCCUCCUCGCAAGUCAAGUCCUCUUAAAAAUUAUCGCUUCACCUACAACUGUCAUAGGCGCAGGCAGGGCACCGGAGGGCUCGACGUUAUCAGGGUAUCACAGUGCUGCUUUUGAAAAAGCGGCAUCAACGAACUCAGGCACGAAUCAGGAUGGAGAGACGUGCUACUCAGCGUCACGCGUCCGGCAUCGGUAUACCCCACAUCCAGGGGAGGGCAUCGACCUUAGCAAACUCGACGAGCGCUUCCGGAUACACUGGGGUACACAUAGCGGGGCCUAUCGUGACAGCUGCGUUCUAAGUGGCAUCGCAUCAGAUCAGCAUCUUGAGAAUCGCGGUCUCAUUGCCAAGGACGGCAUGCUGCAAGCUCUGUACUCGCGGGAACUCUUCGGCGACUGUUGGUCAUCCUCUUCUUGCCCUUCUCAUAGCGUCCGCUUCAAUGAAGAGAUAUGCGAGGAUUCCUGCUUCCCCUCGGUCGAUAAAAUGAGUCGCUAUUCUACGGGGCCUGGAUUAUGUGCCGCCUCUAAGGAGACCCUGACCGCCGCGUCUGCGAGUAACGGGGGAGGUGCCAGGCCUCUAACAGCGGACGAGGCGACAAUCCGCCAAUUUCUGGAAACUGCCUGUAGCCGGAGAAACCACCGGUUCGAAAAUAUUGUUCACCACUUGGCUUAG